CUGGAAAAACUUCCAGAGGAAUGGAAUGAGGAAGAAAUACGUCUAGUUAGAGACUACGAUCAAAAAGUGCUUAAUCUCAUGGAUCAGAGGAGAUUAUAUCGCAAGAUUUGUGGGAAAGAAUAUGAAGAAAUCUUACAAAAUCAAAAGGAGAGUAUGUUGAAAUUUGACAAAAGGCUUCAACAACUUUUACUUCUAAAGAUGGAAAUCCAGUCUUGUAUAGAUCAAGAAAAUCUUAAAAUUCUUAGAGGCCGAAUGAAGAUACAUGAACGCAUGAAAUUGGAAAAUCAAGAACAUUCUAUAUUGAAAGAAAUAGAAAAUACUGAUAAAGAAAUUAAUGAACUACAAGCAGAAAUCCAUAAUCUGCUUGAAGCUAAAAGAAACUGCCGCCAUGAAUAUGACUCCCUUCUAUUCCGAGAAAGAAAUUUUGAUAAAAGUUUCAAAAAGGAAUUUCGUGACUAUCAUGGUCCUAUUGCUAGUCAUCUAUACAAACUAUACAAACCAAAAGUUCACCAAAAAGCACAGAUGUCAGUAUCUCUUCUUGAGGAACUCUCCCGAUGUACCAUGCAGCCAGGAGAAUUACCCUCUUAUCUCCCAUCUGAUUGCCUCGACUUUCUAAAUGCCCUUGAAGAUUUGGAUCAGCAUUCACACGUCCCACAUGGUGCCUCGGAAGCAGCAUGGAACUCGCUUUGCAAACUCCGCCGGAGCAAAAUAGAAUGUGAAUUGAAGCUUCAGUUGGUUAUGAAACAAGGAAUUGUUGAAAUUGAAGAUACAAGUGACUUUGGCAAUUUUACAGAUUGUGUUCUUAUUAAUCGUUCUGUGGUUGAACAGAUUAAUUCUCUAAUACUGGAAGCUGGAGACAAGAAGCUGAAAGCAAUGCAAAAAGUUACAAAUUUUCAUCGUGUUAUAAUGUGCAAAGAAUGGGAACACAAGAAAUUGAGAAUGAUAAUAGAAGAUUUGAAAGAUAAAUUAAAUUAUAUAGAAAAUGUCAGGGAGAACCUGGAAGAACUUAACCGGCGUGUGAGAAGAGCAAAAAAGAGCAAUUUUCACUUGGACAAAAAUAUUAUUGAUCUUAAUGUGGAUGUCAAUGAACUGAUGCUGAAACGAGAUGCUGAGCAAGAUGAAGAGCAAGACAAAUGUCGAAGGCAGAGUUUAAUUACC